AUGAGUGGUUGGAGAUGGCGAUUUGCUACAUUUUGCAGGCGGGUCAUCAGCGCAUUGAAAAUCCCCCGGCCGUUCGGAGGGCGAAGCAAUGGCACUGCCCCAAAAUCGGCACCUGCCAUCCACCAGGGGCAAUACACUGCGGGCGAGAUGACGGGCGGCUUAAGCGUGCUGUUCACGAUGCUCUGCAUCGUAGACCUAUUCGGGGUCUUCCCCGUAGUCGCGCUGCCUAAAAGCGUCAUCGCCUGCGGUCUUUACGGCGUCCCGCUGGUGAUAGCGGUCUUCUCGUUGCAGUUGUACACAGCCGUCCUGCUCGGCAAGAGCUGGCUACUGGCUUACGAACUGUCCCCAACCAUACGAGAAAAGAGCAGGUUCCCAUACGCAGCGCUAGCGGAGCUGGCGUUCGGUAACAACGCGCGGCGUCUGAUCACUUUCUUCAUCGACGCCAGCAUCCCACUACGCGUUUGCAGGCCCAUACGCAUUAAAAAAAAAAGAACCUUUCUUCCUUUCUUCCCCAUCAGUUUUUGGUUCUACGAGCUAUAUCGCCGGUUCCCAUACGCAGCGCUAGCGGAGCUGGCGUUCGGUAACAACGCGCGGCGUCUGAUCACUUUCUUCAUCGACGCCACCGUGUUUGGGGCGGCUGUGCCCAAUUUCAUAUUCGCAUCACAAAGCAUGCAGCUGUUCUGGUGGAAGAUAACUGGCGGUGCUGUUGGCGUCACGUACUGCGUUUGGAUGGUCGUCAUAGGGCUACUCCUCUGCCCCGUCAUGUGGCUCGGAUCGCCCAAAGACAUGAAGCCGCUGGCACUGGCUUCGGUGUGCAUCGUGACAACGGUCGCGGUGUCCACUUGGACCUGCAUCAUCAUGGACGACGUGUCGCCGUCCAGUUUGGGCGGUCUCAUGGAAUACAUCCCGACCUCGUCGGACUUCCUAGUCGCUUACGGAAUCAUCGCCUUCCAAUUCGACAUCCACCCUAUGCUGCUGACGCUGCAAGUGGACAUGAAGGACAGUAGACGCAUAAACGUGGCGGUGCUGGGCGCCUUCCUCAUCACGGGACUGAUGUUCAUGAUCACAUCGCUGCUCGCCGCCAACCGUUACGGGAACAGCGUGCAGAACAACAUACUGCAAGGCAUGCCGCCAUCCAUCACGCUCUAUAUAGUGGCCCUUCUUGUUACUCUGCAGCUUUGCCUUUCGAGCGCAGUUGGUAAUUCCGCCCUGUUCCAGCAUUUAGAAGACUUGUUGAACGUACCAAGACAUUUCUGCAUACAACGCUGCCUAAUCAGAUCCAGUAUCGUCGCCCUGGCCGUUUUCCUGGGCGAAUCGGUGCCGAGGUUCGACUUAGUGAUGGGCCUCGUUGGCUCCACGCUCACCGGGCCGUUGAUGUUCAUAUUCCCGCCGCUGUUCUUUCUCAAGCUGUGCUAUUUGAAAUCGAACAACAUAAAGCAGGAGUUCUCGCUCAGUCUGAAGCCGAGGCUAUUCAAAAUGGCCGCCAAUGAGCCUCCGCAAAAUGGCGGCGCCGGCGUGCAAGGCGACGCGGCGGCGGCUCCGUUGUUGCCGCAAUCGCUGCCGCCUAAGUACCAGACUUUCGGGAGCUACGAGGAGAUAUAUCGCGCUUAUGUAGACGAGUACGACGUCAAGUGGUACGACGUGCUGCUGGCGUUCCUAGUUAUGCUGGUCGGGAUGUCGGCCACCGUAGUAGCGACGUAUUCCAGUUGGGCGGAGGCGAUAUCUUCGGCGACAUUCUCGCCGCCGUGUCUGAUAAACUCGACGGCGGCCGCGAGAAGUUUCCUUCAUAAUCCUAGUCCGAUA